AUGGCCGCGCAGGUCGCCGCGGUGCCGCGGGCCCCGGAGGAGCCGCCGCCGCCCUCAGCGGACCGGCCCGCCCGGCCCCGCGGACCCCGCCGCCGGCGGGCGGCACCCGGUGAACCGCCGGCCGCUAAGCGAGCCCGGCCGAGCCAGGCGCUGCUGGCGGGGCCCGGCCCGGCGGAGCCGCUGCCCCCACCCGCCCUCCCCGCCGCCGCGGGGCUGUUCACGUUCUCCCCGCUCAGCCUCCCGCCUCCCGGGGAGCGCCGACACCACCACCGGCACCACGCCGAGCCCGCCGGCCACAAGGCGAGGCGCGGCAGCCCCGCGGACGGCGCGGCGGGGCGGCCCAGCCAGCGAGAAACUCCAGAUGAAAAUGGCAAAAGCCAGCGAGCUGACAGUCUUAUUAUGAAGAAGAUAAAGAAAAAAAAGAAAAAGAAACACCGGGAAGAUGUGAGGGGAAAACGCCUGAAGAUGUACAACAAAGAGGUGCAGACAGUGUGUGCUGGGCUCACUCGCAUUGACAAGGAGACUCUGUCUCAAGGACAGUGUGACAGCCUGGAAAUGAGCAAGGAAUCCUUCAGGUACCUGAAGGAUGAGCAGCUGUGCAGACUGAACUUGGGCAUGCAGGAAUACCGGAUACCCCAGGGAGUCCAGACCCCCUUUGUGACACACCAGGAGCACUCUGUCCGCAGCAGCUUCCUGAAGACUGGCACUAAAUUCAGUAACUUCAUUCACGAGGAGCAUCAGUCCAAUGGAGGUGCCCUGGUCCUGCAUGCUUACAUGGAUGAACUCUCAUUUUUGUCUCCAGUGGAGAUGGAGAGAUUUGCAGAAGAGUUUCUUGCGUUGUCAUUCAGUGAAAAUGAUAAAAAUGCAGCUUACUAUGCUUUAGCCAUAGUGCAUGGAGCAGCUGCCUAUUUACCAGACUUCCUGGAUUACUUUGCUUUUAAUUUUCCAAACACUCCAGUAAAAAUGGAAAUUUUGGGCAAGAAGGACAUUGAAACUACAACAAUUUCAAAUUUUCACUCUCAGGUCAAUCGGACGUACUGCUGUGGCACCUACAGAGCAGGACCCAUGCGCCAGAUCAGCCUGGUGGGAGCAGUGGAUGAAGAAGUGGGGGACUACUUCCCAGAAUUCCUAGAUAUGUUGGAAGAAUCUCCAUUUCUUAGAAUGACUUUGCCCUGGGGGACUCUUUCCAGUCUCAGACUGCAGUGCAGGUCCCAGAGUGAUGAUGGGCCCAUCAUGUGGGUGAGGCCGGGAGAGCAGAUGAUCCCCACAGCUGAUAUGCCAAAAUCACCCUUCAAACGGCGCCGGUCCAUGAACGAGAUCAAGAACCUGCAGUACCUACCUCGGACCAGCGAGCCCCGCGAGGUCCUGUUCGAGGACAGGACCAGAGCUCACGCUGACCACGUGGGGCAGGGCUUUGACUGGCAGAGCACAGCUGCUGUCGGGGUGCUCAAGGCUGUGCAGUUUGGGGAAUGGAGUGACCAGCCUCGUAUAACCAAAGAUGUGGUUUGUUUUCAUGCUGAAGACUUCACUGACGUUGUGCAGAGACUUCAGCUGGACCUGCAUGAACCUCCAGUGUCUCAGUGUGUUCAAUGGGUGGACGAAGCCAAACUAAACCAAAUGAGACGGGAAGGCAUUCGCUAUGCUAGGAUUCAGUUGUGUGACAAUGACAUCUACUUCAUCCCUAGAAAUGUCAUUCAUCAGUUCAAAACAGUGUCAGCAGUCUGCAGCUUAGCCUGGCACAUCAGACUCAAACAGUAUCACCCCGUGGGGGAGACUUCUCCAAAAGCAGAAAGCAAUUCAAGCCUGAACAGUGAUGUUCCUGGAAAUACAGAGGCAGAAGGUGAACCCCAAGGAGUGAGUGUAAAAAUAGAGUCUGAAGAACCAGGUAUAGAAAUUCAGCUCUCCUCUGUUUCUUCAAUAUCAGGACUUGUGCAACCAGAUCAGGUGGCGCAGCCCCUUCCAGGUUUUAAAAUAGAGUCUGAUCAGCAACACAAUCCACAGGAUCAUGCAGGCUCUUCUGUGUGAUAUGUAUAUAUUCAAACAUUUUUUAAACAACUUUUUAAAAUUUUGAUGUGAAGUUAUAGUUUUAUAACUGGCUUAUGUUUUAUUGGAGAAAUCUUGCCUAUAAUUCUAUAAAGAAAGGUGACAUUCCAAAAUGUCAAGCAUAUCUUUUUUACACAGAUUAUGCAAAAUUCAAGUUGUAUUUUAACCCCUUAGUACAACCUGUAACAGUGGUCUACCACUUCUUUCUGUUUAAGUAAAGAGAUGUUGAAUAUCUUCUCAAAAUCAGAUUGAAAUUCCUCCAGGAAUAUGAAAUGAUUGAGCUCCAUUGGUCAGUGUUAUUUCCCUACUUUUACUUUAUCUCUAAUCUUCACCAGAAAGUGAUGCUUUUGUAGAAGACUUGCAAAGUGAUUUCCCCAUCUCAUUUUAAUUGCUUAAAAAAGGAAAAAAAAAAAUGGAAAAAAAAAAAGAAAAAAGAAAAAAUAGAGAAAGCACAGCACUUUUGAUGAUUUGUGGAAUUUUCGGUAUGUCUGUUCUUGACAUGUUGGUUUAUAUACAAGCUAUAGAAAUUGAUGUUUCUUACAGUUCCUACAAGGGUGACCUGUAAAAAGAACUGAAGCAAGUGUCUGAUUCCUGUUGAAAUGCAAUGACUUACUGACCUAACACUUCUCAUAGCACUGCUUAUGUUGUUUGGUGUGGGGGUUUUUGCUUCCAAAAUACAUCUUCCCUGAAUGUGAUAAAUGCUAGUGUCAAAAUUAGAGAACCUCUUGGUAGUCUUGUGGAGGAAACUGCUAUCUUUGAGCACUUUAAGGCUUUAAAAUACUUAACCAACUUGGCAGCUUGUUUUGAUCGGGUCGUAACGUGUCCAAUGGAUCCACAAUUUCCCUUGUACUGAUGCACUUAAUAUAAUAAGCAUUGAGCUGAUACCUGACUCCCUAGAAUAAGGACAGCCUUACUGUGUAAGUUCUGUAUUAGUAUUUCACAAUAAAAAGUAUUUUGGCGUUGGACUGCUUUUUCCAUGUGUAGCUCCUGGGUGCCCAGUUACUGUGGAAAAAUCAGCAGCACGUGCUCAAUGUGUAGAGUGUCAGCUAUCAACAGUUUUUAAACAAUCUUUCAAUAUUUCUGGAUGUUAACGUGUAACCUGUAUUUGACUUUCACUCACCCCAUUUAUUACUGCCCUUUCCAGUCAUCAAAAGGAAAAGUCCCUUUUCCCUCCUCCCCCCUCCCCACAUUUAGAGUACAAGUUGGGGUUUGGUGCAACUUAAGCUGUCUCCAGAUAACUUUAUUUGUUCUAAUCCUCACUGGGGAGGAAAGAUUUGAAACACUAUGUUAGACUAGACAAAAGCAAAGAUGCUGUGUUAGUUCUGGAUGCAUCUUUUUAAUAUCAAUUAUUACUCUUCUCUUUAUAAGGGUCUCUAAAAUAUGUUACUCUAUUAUAAAUCUUACUUUGUGCAAUAUUGUUUGUGUAGGCUUUUAUAUACAUAUUAGCACCUCAGUGUAGAGGUCACUAUUUUAAACUGAUAGAGAAAUAAUCCUCAGAAGAUACUGCAGUGAUUAGUUAGAACCUGUAUUACUCCUUAUGUGUAUGUAUGUAUUGUCUUCGGUACAAAAAUGAGGACUAGGAAAUAUUUCAAUUUAAAACUAAUUUACAGAUUGAAGUGGUAGUGACUCGUUUAGUAAUCUGUGUAAAUAAGGUGUUAGAAUGGAAAGCUUUUAUGAUGAGAAGUAAUGUGAUUCAUGCAGGGGUGUAAUUUAAUCUUAGCAGAAAUUCUAGAUGACUCAGCGCGGCUCAGAGAUGAGCCGUCAGUUCUCUGGUGGGUUUUUUCCACUUUUUAUGUUGAGAGGAAUUUCAUAGCUUUAAGGGUUGUGCAAAGUAAAAUUCCUCACAGGCAAUAGUGGUUUCAGUUCAUCCUUCACAUUCAAAGAUUCCCCAGGGGUGUUCUUUCCUUUUGACCAAGUCUGCGAGUCUUCCACGUGCCUGUUCCGCCUCUCCCGUGCUGCUCCUGCCCGUCCCGUCCCCGGGGUGCCUUCCCUGGUCCCUGGCAGCCAGCACUGAUCUCUCAGGAACUGUCACACCUGCAGGGACCUGCAGAGGCAGAGCAAGCAGGGCGAGAGCCCUCGUGCACCAACCUGUUUGUUUGUUGGGAAAAUUGCAAUGGAAGGAAGAGGGAAUCCAUUUGGAAGUCCUCUGUAAAUUCUAACAGCACGUUUUCAAGUGGAUGAAGGCUUAGGGUGGUUUGUGCUGCUUUCCAAGCUGUAGCUUUAGUGAAAUCUGUGACAACAGCCUAUAGUACCAGGAAAAUGCUGACUUCCUCCUGCAUGGAGGGACAUGACCAGUAGCGUCAUGCUCUCUGUGCUCUGCUCAGUUACUAACUUAAAACCUAAUGUCAGAUUUAAAUGCACAUAAAUAAAGGUAUCUUUGAAUGACCUGAA